GGUUCUUCAGUGGGUCUGGGUUUUGUUAUUUUUUGUUGGACGUGGACGUGCCGAUUCUGUGAUAGCGGGGACAAAGAUUUGCCUGAGAAAAACAACACAGAAGUACCCAACCCAGAAUGGACAGUAGCAGGCUCAGUGAACACGAUGGGGCACCUGGAAAAUCCUACCGUCGCAUCAUCGCAAUCUGCCUCAUUGUGAUUGUUCUGUUCUUCAGUUUUCCAACCCUGUGUGGAGCACAUGGUGAUCACGACCACGAAAAUCCCAGUUUUAAGUACUCACGAGAGGCCAAUGAGGCCCACGAACAUCACCAUCAUCAUCAUCAUCACGACCACCAUCACCAUGAGAAGCCUCCCCAGGCAGUGGGAAGCACCAUGGAUGUGUGGAUUCACUCGUUGUCAUCAACGCUGCUAAUUAGUGCAGCACCCUUCCUUAUACUGUACUUCAUUCCACUUGAUAAUACGGAUGCCAUGCAGCCACGACUUAAGAUGCUGCUGGCAUUUGCUUCAGGGGGACUCUUGGGGGAUGCCUUCCUGCAUCUCAUUCCGCAUGCCACAGCUGGCCAUGGGGAUCAUGGGCACAGCCAUGGUGGGCAUAGUCACGGGGAUGGGCACAGCCAUGGGGAUGGGCACAGCCACGACAUGAGUGUGGGCUUGUGGGUUCUGGCGGGAAUUAUCACCUUCCUGGCCGUUGAGAAAGCCGUUCGAAUGAUGCGUGGUGGCCAUGGGCAUAGCCAUGGUCCAGCCAGUAAGGAAACCGAGAAGCUGACAACCAAGAAGGAGGAGAAGAAGGGCAAAGCAAAGGUGGAGAAGCAAAAGAAGGAGGACAUCCAAAUUGCUGGCUACCUCAAUCUUGCAGCAGACUUCACGCAUAACUUCACCGAUGGCCUGGCAAUUGGGGCUUCCUACCUCGCAGGCAGUGGCAUUGGCAUUGUGACCACCAUCACGAUCCUCCUGCACGAGGUCCCGCAUGAAAUUGGAGAUUUUGCCAUUCUCGUCAAGAGCGGUUGCUCCAAGAAGCGCGCCAUGAUGCUCCAACUUGUCACGGCUCUUGGUGCCCUCACAGGAAACAUUCUUGCCCUCCUUGGCAGUGGUGGUGGUGAUGCUGCUGCAUCGUGGGUCCUCCCCUUCACCGCUGGUGGCUUCAUCUACAUCGCCACUGUGAGUGUCAUCCCCGAACUCCUCGAGGGUAGUACAAAACUCGGGCAAUCCCUCCGAGAAAUCUCCGCCCUACUCGCUGGAGUUGGUCUCAUGGUGAUCAUUGCGAAUUUCGAGUGAAAAUCCAAAAUAAAAAAAAUUUCUUUGCUUACACGAAUAAA